GAAGGGGUAGAGUUUGACAAAGAUUUAAAAAACGAUCCUGACAAGUUAUUGAAUAAUGUUUGUGAUUGGAUACGUUUUACUGGUUGUUAUUGUGCAAUCCACUGCUGAUAGCAUUGCGGAGAAGAGGGCUCAAUCCCGUCAAUCGAUGACUUUAACUGACGCCCUCAAAAAGAUCGAAGAACUGGAAAAACGGAUGAGUGCAUAUGAUCACAAGCUAACAGUCGUUCUUAGAGGAAGAGAUGGACGCGACGGUUUACCAGGAACCCCAGGAAAAGAUGGGAGUAAUGGGAAAGACGGUUCUGCUGGUCCAAGAGGGCCGCAAGGUGCUCAAGGAGCUCCAGGAAAAGAAGGGCCACAAGGUCCACGAGGUCCUAAAAGUGGUGGUGUAAAAUAUGUACGCUGGGGUAAGACCACGUGUCCUUCUGGCUCUGACCUCGUUUACAAGGGUCGCAUUGGAGGAGAAUACUAUACUCAUYUAGGAGGAGCAGCUGAGUACAUUUGUUUGACUGAAUCGCCUAAAUAUGGGAAUUACAAACCAGGACACCAAUCAGCAGGGUACAUCUAUGGUACCGAGUACCAGGUAAACGGUUACAGCCCAUUCACCGAAACUAACCUUCACGACCACGAGGCUCCUUGUGCGGUUUGUCACGUGCCUACUCGCAACGCAGAGCUCAUGAUACCGGCGACAUACGAAUGCCCCUCGGGCUGGACCAUGGAAUAUCAUGGUUACCUGAUGACAGCUUAUUAUGGCCACGCCCACCCCACUAAAUAUCUUUGCGUUGAUCAGCAUGCUGAAGCCGUUAAAGGAACAAGUGCUGAUCUAAAUGGAGCGCUGCUGUAUCCCGUGGAAGGUGUGUGUGGUUCUCUUCCUUGUCAUCCGUAUGCCACAGGAAAAGAACUGACAUGCGCUGUGUGUACGAAGUAGUAUAUUAUCGUAGCUUUUGACGCAUGUAUAUCGACGUAAUCUACAAUAUACUUCCAUAAAUG